AUGGAACCUGAAAAACGAGACGUGCGUGAUACCGAAACGGGUCAUAAACCCGUCGACGGCAUAGACGUGGCUCAUAACGAGACCCUAGUGUCGGAUGCCAAGCAUGCCGCAGUUGCUGAGCAGCAGAUGACGCUUCUAAAAGCCAUCAAGCUCUAUCCGAAGGCGAUCUCGUGGUCGGUCUUGCUGUCGUCCACGCUCAUCAUGGAAGGUUACGAUCUCGCACUGUUGGGCAGUCUCUACGCCUCGCCAGUGUUCAACAAGAAAUUUGGGGUCUACGACGCAAAGAAGAAUAAAUGGGCUGUCUCAGCAGCGUGGCAAUCGGGGUUGUCCAACGGCGCACGCGCCGGCGAGAUCCUCGGCCUUAUAUUCGCCGGUUUGGCUUCGGACCGGUACGGUUACAAGGUGACCACCAUCGCAUCCCUAGUCCUGAUGAUCAUGUUCGUCUUCGUCCUGUUCUUCGCCCCUAACAUACAAGUCCUUGUCGUUGGCGAGGUGUUGUGCGGCAUUCCAUGGGGUGCCUUUCAGUCCGUUACUCCGGCUUACGCCUCUGAAGUCGCUCCCAUGGUCCUUAGGCCGUACUUGACCACCUUUAUCAAUAUGUGCUGGGUUAUCGGCCAGUUCUUCGCAGCGGCCGUGAACAAAGGAUCGGUGGGUCGAUCUGACGACUGGGCGUACAAGAUUCCGUUCGGAGUGCAGUGGGUUUGGCCAGUACCCAUUCUUGCAGGGUUGAUUUUCGCCCCCGAAUCGCCGUGGUGGCAUGUCCGGCACGGAAAUCGAGAGGCUGCGAAAGCAUCUCUUCUGAGACUGACAUCGCGAAACGACCCGAGUUUCAACGCGGACGAGACUAUCGCCAUGAUCGAGCAUACCAACGAUCUCGAGAAAAGGAUGAAGGACGGCCUUACCUAUCGAGAUUGUUUCAGGGGCGUCGACCUGAGGCGGACGGAGAUCGUCAUGGGCAUCUGGCUUGUGCAAACACUAUGCGGCCAAAAUCUGAUGGGCUACUUCGCGUACUUCCUAACCCAAGCCGGAAUGGAUGCAUCCCGCUCCUUUUCCCUCUCCAUGGCGCAAUACGCACUGGGAAUGGCGGGGACGGCCGGCUCCUGGUUCCUCAUGUCCCGCGUCGGUCGGCGAACAAUCCACUUCGGCGGAAUUUGUUGUCAGCUUCUCAUCCUAGUCAUCGUCGGUUCCCUGUCCUUUUCUAAUUCCAACGGUGCCGUGUGGGCGAUCGGCGCGAUGCUAAUCGUUUUCACGUUCGUAUACGACUUUACCGUCGGUCCGGUCACGUACUCGCUGAUCUCGGAGCUGUCUUCGACGCGACUCAAGGCCAAGACGAUCGUCCUCGCACGCGCCGGUUACAAUGCGAGUAACAUCUUCGUAAAUGUGAUGACUAACUACCAGCUCUCGUCGACGGCGUGGAAUUGGGGCGCGAAGACGGCUUAUUUUUGGGCUGGAUCUUGUUUGCUAUCCGCUAUUUGGGUGUUCUUUCGUUUACCGGAACCUAAAGGAAGAACGUAUGCGGAACUAGAUCUACUUUUCGAGCACCAGGUUUCGGCGCGCAAGUUCGCCGAGACGAAGAUAGACCCUUUCUCACAUCACUUAGGCGACGAGCCAAAAAGGACAUCGGAGCAGGUUCUACAGAAAGACGAAGUGUGA